AUGGGGUCUUUUCAGAAGGGUGUCUUCAUCGUCCUGUGCGGUCUCUGUUUGAUUCAUGGGACAGUUGCGUUGUCAGUAUCUGAAUCUGAGUACAACCGACUUGAGGACCGGUCCCAGUACACUUACCCCUACACCUGUCCUUCUAUUCUUGUCGGCACUGGGGAUACAUGCGACAAUUUGGCUUCCAGGUGUAGUAUCUCGAAAGAAUUGUUCACUUCCUUCAACCCGAACACUGCGUGCUCCUCUUUGUCUCACGGAACACCUGUAUGCUGCGGGGCGGGAACAACUCUCUUUCCACCGGACAGUGGUGGUUACUGCUACGCUUAUACUAUCCGCGAUAGCGAUACUUGCGCGAAGAUUGCCGAGGGGUACAAGAUCACUGAAGCCAAGAUCGAGACUUGGAACACCCAUACCACGGCAUGGUACGGGUGUAACAAGCUCCAGAUUGGUGGCCAGAUGUGUCUUAGCGAGGGUCAACCCCCAAUGCCAGUUGCAAUCAGUGAUGCAAUCUGUGGUCCCCAGGUGCCUGGAACGGCACGUCCCAAGUUGUGGACCGAGAUUGCUUCUUUGAACCCGUGCCCUGCGGGUCAAUGUUGCUCUACAAAGGGUAAAUGUGGUACUGGGGCAGACUUCUGUGGCUCAUCCGCACCCGCCGCCGUUGUGCCUCCUGCGUCUGCAACUAAACCUACAUCUGCUAAAUCCAAAGCUACAUCUAAAGCCACAUCUGCCACGUCUGCCACAUCUAUAGCUACAUCCGCGAAGACCAAAUCCACAGCUAAGGUUACGUCAGCUACAACUGAAACAAAAGGCAUACCGUUAUCAGCUAGAAGUGUUGUAACAAUGACAGCCGAGGCUGUGACAGUUACAGCUAAAGCUCAAGCUGCAAAGAACGCGGAUCCACACGCUUUCACGACAGAUAUACCUUUGGUAGAUGUGCCCUUGACAUUCCAACACUCAGAAGAUACCAUGUCCACGACAGCCGCAGCUCCAACCAAGGUUACUACUGGUUCUGGUGACUUCCUGAAACCGGCCGAGAAGAUCAGUGCUUUGGCGAGCCAACUUCGGAAUACAAUAGUCUCCACCACCACAACCACUACCAAGGCCAAACCUGCUACAACGGCUAAGACGUCAGCCAAAAGCACCACAACCAAAGCUGCCGCUACCAAGACUGUGAAUGGUGUUGUCACCGUACCCGGCGGGUGGUCACUGAAAAUGUUCGAUGGCAUAGGUUGCACUGGCAGCUACGUAUUGCUUCAAGGCCACAACAAGAAUUUAGAGGACAGUGACUGUAUGAAGUUUCGCAGCGCGAGCAAGCUCAAGACUGAUGUUACCGACACGUCCGUUUCGUGUCGUUGGUGGACUAUACCAUCAAGCGGUAAUUGGGAGUGGAGGGACUGUAAAAGUGAUUCUCUCAAUAAACCCAAAUCAUGGAUUAUGUCGAAUGGUCUGUGUACUGUCUCUCCUAAUACACAGUGCGACCUUGUCAGCGAUCUUUCCCAAACUUAUGGCUGGCGCGGUCCUGGUUUAUGCCAUGAGCGCCAAACGGUGGAUCCAACAUUUGGAUCUUUGAAGUGUUAUGUUGGAUAA